ACUCCCUCCCGCGCGUCGUCGGCCGCCACCUCCCUCUCCCGUGCCGCCGGACACUGCCUCGCUCCCCCGCGUCGCCGGACGCCGCCUCCCUCCCCCGCGCCGCCACACGCCGCCUCUCUCCCCCGUGCCGCCGGACGCCGCCUACCUGCCCCGUGCCGCCGGACGCCGCCUUCCUCCCCGGCGCCGCCGUACGAAGCCUCCCUUCCCGACGUCGCCGGUCGCCAUCUCCUUUCCCUGCCCCGCCGGACGCUGCCUCCUUCCCAGAUCCCGCCGCCGCCCGCAACACAACCGGUAUCAUGGCUGUCGCCCCGCACCAGAUUCAUGAGCUGCUAUCGCUCAACCGCCGUGUACAUGCAGUUCAACACUGCAACCACAGGUCCUUCAAUCUCACUGUCGUGGACAUGCCCCUCCACCUCCUGGUUGCCACUCAUCCCGGUGUGGCCAGGCCGUUGGGUUCGCUGCUGCUAUCAGCAGUCCAACCCGGCCGCCCCAGGCCGUUCACCGUCACAGCUCCCAGGCCGACUGUGUCAAGCCACCUUUCGCCCGCACCUUGGGCUCCCGUAUGCGUCCCCUACCCCAGCAGGAAAAUAUGGUGGCCUUCAGCAAGUAAUCUUUCUCUAACGGGUAUCCUAUGCCUGCGCCACCGAGAGACUGAUCCUACAUGCUGCGUGCUCACGGCGACCACAAGCAUCGGGGCUUCUUGUCAAGAGCACACCAAAUGGAUCUCUGCUUCCGGCCGCGGUGGGAACUCCAGGUUGGGCUGGCAUCCGGGCUUGGGCAGUAUACCAAAGUCGUAAGGGAAGCUCAGAAGGGAUUAAAACUUCAGAACGUGAGGUUUGUCGACGCAAUGGGGUUGCCAUUCCAAGAUGGCCAUUUGCAUCUUAACACCCAGGCUCAGGUCCAGCUGGGACAUAUGCUGGCUCAGUCCUAUUUGACUUAUGCACAGGUAGCAGUGGGACUGACUGGGCCUGAAUUUGUUGUCUGAAUAUGUUGCCGCUGCCAUGCUGAUUUCCUGUUGCGACCUUGUUGAUUCCCCGCCUUCGAACUGCUCCCUCAAUCCCCUGUGUGGACCACCGCCGACUGUGGGAUGCACCUUCCAUGCGCAACCAUGUGACCAUGUAGAUGCACGUCUUCAUUGAGUCGCUCACAGCGCAUAUGUGUGUGUUGUGUUCGUGCGUGCAUGGUCGCGGCCAUGCUUGGCGUUUUGGUGUUGUCUGUGUGUGGUCUUGCGGGCGUCUCACCUCAAACGCAUCCCAGGACGAUGCACGAGUUGAUGAGGAAACACCCAAGCCUGUGGCCUCUCGACCACAACUUCGUCUCAUGGAAGCUGUUGGAUGUGGAGAGCCAGUAUGAAUUCAAGUCUAAGUGGCUCAUCGAGGAGAAAAAGAAGAGGAACUCGAGUGGUUUCUCUGUGGAGAAGGGCAGAAGACAUUUUGCUCUGAACAUACUUGUUGAUAUGCCCAUGAAAACGGGUACAUUUUUCUACAGAUUUUUGUGUUGCUGACGAGGGCUACACAACUUGUAUUUACAAGUUGAACUUAAGCGUAUCCCCUAUAAAGUUUGUGGAUGUUGGAUGUUCUUUUGACAUUGAACUGUUAUG